AUCUACGAUGCGACCACAGAGGAGGAGACCCAGGUGUUUGUGAACCCGAACAUCAACUCCCAUCGCAUUGAUGGUCUUGAGCCAGACCACGAUUACCGCAUCUCAAUAACAGCUUGUAACCGAAUGGGAGACUCGCUGCCUUGGGAUUCCCGCUCAAAGCAGUGGGUACCCUUCAAAAAGGUACCUGGGAACGUGACAAAGGUUGAGGUGCCUCACCUGCUAGACGAUGUGCUCUACACCUUCCGUGUGCGUGCUCACAAUGAGGCAGGACUGAGCGAACCCACAGCGACUGCAGAAUACUUCCGACCUGGUCGGGGUCCCGAGGAGUUAUUGCCAGGAUCGCACAAACUGCCGCCAGCACCUCCCAUUGGUCCGCUCAAAGUAGAGGCCAGUCCUGCGCAACAGCGGCUGGAUCAGGCAACUGAGCAAGCCCAGCAGACCAUGGUUCUCUCCUGGUCUAAACCUACCCGCACUGAUGAUGUCACAGAACCAAAGGACCCCCACUCCGCAGCCUCUGCUACCAACGGAUAUGCAGCCAAGUCAACAGCCUUCUCUGGACCUGAAUCUACCAUGGCCGAGUGUGUUGACACGUCUACCAGGCGAGCCGACAGACUAUGA